GUUCCUUGGUUCUACACCGGCGUGCAAAUCCUAAUUAAAGGAUGAGUUCGAGCGGUUUUUUGCCCUAAAGCUCAGAUUUGAAGUUAUCCUAAUUUAUGAUGAUCUUGCUGUGGUGCAGAUUAGUUUUGUCAGUUUUCCAGCAACAAAAAGAAGGAUAAAUAUUUUUUGUUUAUCAACUUGUGAAAGUUCAAAGUAAACACCAUGCUGCUUACGGAGUCAAAUCUUACUCUCCAAGUACUAUUCCUCUUGCUGUGGUCUAUUGUAACCGCCAAGGAGCAUCCAAACUUACUAAGUUCCAAGCAUAACAAAUCUCUUUAUUAUUCAAAAUACAGGCACGAACUUUUUUAUGACAACAAAGUCAUUCCAGAAGACACUGAAGUGGACGUCUUCCUUCACAAGAAUCAAGUUCAAAAGUUGUUUUUCGUACUUGAGGGUGGAUAUCGGCCGAUAUCAAUUACAGUCACGCCUUGUUCUUCGGAUUCCCUGCUAGAGUGGAAAGUGUCACAUAACGCUUUUCAAAAUUCUGGAAUCUCUCUGUAUCAUUCAGCUUCCUGGUCCAAUCAUGUCAUUCGUCCCUCAUCUUCAUCUCCAGCCGCAACUUACGUGGGAAGAGAUCGUCGCUCCUAUACUAACCCCCGAGCUCCUCCGGGUUUGUACAAUCUGGAGUUGAGAUCCGAAUCCGAGACCAAAGCUCGGGUUCUGGUGACGACUCGAGCUACAACCGACAUGCCCUUCCACCCUCCAUUGCCACCGGAACCUGGCGUGCAGAUCAUCAAGAUCAAGAGGAACAGGAUCCUAAUCUCUUGGAAAGCCAGCCUUUCCUCCAGGUCGCUCCAGUAUUGCGUUACUUCAAAUCACAAAAGUAACUACAAUUCUCUGUGCUCUGCUGAAGUCGACCUAUAUGGCACGGAAUUCUUGGGCCAUGCCAGUUAUCAUCAUGCUCUCACCCACCACACGGUCUCACGGCACGGUGCCACCAUGACAUGCGUGGGGAGGAAGACAUGGCAUCUCUUUAAAGGUCUUCAGCGUGGUAAAACAUAUUACUUUGACGUGUUUGUUUUAGACACUGAAACUAAUGCGUCUUCAGCAUACGUUGGAGUCAGUGUCACAAUACGGAAUGGUGCCGUCCUGCCCUCCAGGUUGAAGGAUGAUAGUCUGGUGACGUACACUUUGGACGACUCAAAUGGCUUCGCUGUGGAUACGAAAUAUCAUGCUGGAAAACCUGCUGGACCUAUUUUGAUUUUUAUCCAGUCGUGCACAGGACCUGGUCCUGUGACUCUAGAUAUCGUGCAAAAUAGUUCUCCUAGAAAAGAAUUGCUUUCAACUACAGUGAUAGACGUCAAAACUGUUGAAGUGAGUCGCCAGGUGCCGCCACCAGCAAAUUCAAGCUUGCUGCUAUUUUCGAUUCGUUCCAGGACACGCCAUCCACGAAAAGUACGUCUGCUGGUCAGUGGACGAAAACACGCGUUUCCUUUCCCUAUAUUGCCUCACGAUAAGGCAGUAAGCGUGUUUGAUACUCUCACGACAUGUGAUUCAAUCACUAUUGGCUGGAAAGCAUCACCAGACGAACGAGUUAAAUAUUGUAUCUAUCGCCAAGCUGCGCCAGAUGAGCUGACACGUCGAACUUUGGCGGAGCCCCAGAAUUUUUGUGAUGCCUCGUCAACAGAUGGCAGCACCAGGAGAAAUUCGCUGGUCUUGUGCCGUCGCUACCACAAGUUCAGCAAGCGAAGAUUCAACAAUGUCAUAAUGCAGAAAGUGAAGGGAUUACUUCCCGGCACUAAUUAUCUUUUCGAAGUUCAAGUGACCAAAGUCAAAGGGAAAAUGUUGCCCUACGAGCAGGUAUGGGCAACGACGCACGACACUUGUUCACAUUUGCGGAACAAACGGUGAUUCAAUUGAAAAUCACUUGCCAAUAACUUUGACCAAUAUGUCUUUCGGCUCGUUAACUAGAACUGUAUGAAAGACCGAAAGAAACAUUUUUGCUCUGUAAUAUGUUAACAUAUGAGAUUUUCGUGUCGGAUACAAUACGAAAGGAAGAUAGCAGUAGACAUUGUGACAGAGAAUUGUUGUUUUGAAGACCAAUUCUCUGUGUUAGUUCAGUAUUCAACUGGGUAUUGUUAAGUAUUUAAAUUACCAAUAUUUCAGUCAAUGACACUUAAAUUCACAGUGGGAGAAAACUAUUGUAUGAUGAUGAACUUUAUUUGAGAAAGAGAAAAAAUUAACAGCGUGGUCUAAAUAUCUCAGAAGAAGAGGGCCUGCUUUUUAAGAUUUAUAUGAAGUUUGAGUCAAAAAUGGUGAAAAUAAAUCGAUUAAACUGUUGGUUUUUACCACAACAUAUUGUAUGUAUGUCACAACUACAUGUUUAUAUAUGAAAGAAUUUCGUUGAUUGAUGAGUAUCUUUGUUAUUAUCUGUAGAUCUAUACAAAUUAAAAUCAAACAGUAUUAUGGAAUUGCAUUUUGUAGCAG